AAAGCACCGGGUUUAAACCCGGUGCUUUGGUAAAAACCCAAUAAACACCCAUAAACUCCCAUAAUCACCCAAAAAAAUAGGUUUUUACGUAUUUUUUUGAAAAUAUGUAAGUAAUACCAAUAAAUUAUUUUUAUAAAUUGUAUUGAUCAAUUCUACAAUAUUAAAUAAAACGUUAACUAAUAAUAUUUCAGGAAAUUUUAAAAAUCUAUAUAUAAUAAAAUGAAAGUAAUUAAUUUUCAGUGUUUUCAUGUUGCAGUUGAUCAACAUGUUGGCCUUUUGCUUCCCGUAGAUACUUUAAAAUUUCUUCAUAACACCUCGUUCGCACACAUGGCCGUAUAUAUUUAAAUUCUUGAGCCACUAACAGUCCGAAAUACUCAUUUCUUUUAUCCUCUUCUCCAUAAAUUAAGCAUUUAGAACAGUUUGUUUCUUCUUUCAGUAAAUUUUCUUUUACUUUAUCCUCGUUUUUUUCUUUGUUGCGACGACGCUGGGUAAAUCAUCUGGACACUGGGUCUCACUAUCGCCAAAUAUAUUUGGAGAUCGGCUUCGGCUACGGCUUGGCAGACAUUUUUUUCUUUCUACAAUUUUAAAUUAAAUUUAUUAGAAUAAAUGCUUCGAACACACGCGAUCUAAGUACCUUUUGUGUUUAUUAUACCUUACCUACCUAGGUAUAAAAAGAGUACUUACGUAGAUUUUCUUUUAUUAACUGUUUUAUACGAAGAUCUUGAUCUCUCAAAUUAGCAUCCAUUUUACUUCCAGUGAUUAUCAACUAAAUUAAUAAUCCACAAAGUAUUAAAUAACGUUUUUAUGAAAUAUUUAGCACAAAAACAAUACCCUUUAAAUAUCGAUCGUCAGUAACUGUGGCUGACUUACCUAUAUUCUAGCAAGCAGGACUGCCAGAUGUGAAGGGGAAAUCCCCAAUAAAUUGUUGCAUGUGACUGAUGAUGUGAGCAUGUUCGUUUCAUAAUAAAAAUGUUGCCAGGUAACCAAAAAGUCGUAUGUUUUUGUGCGAAUUACGAUCAUAAUCUUUACGAUCGUACAUUAAAAAAUAGACAAAUAAUAGUAUGAGUACGAUUUAAAUCGUAUAUCUGUCAACCCUGCUAGCAAGACAGCGACAAAAUCACGUUGCAUAACAAUGUAGCCCAAGCUUAUAUCUUAUGAAAUAUACGGAAGAGAUACGGACUUAGAAAAAACAGAAAUGUUGUUCUUUGUGGAAGUCAUUGAUGAAAUUCUAUGUAUUUUAGCCCGCAAACUUUCUUCAAACAAAAACAGCGCCAUCUAGUAUCGAGUUCUGUAAUUAUCUCUUUGUUUAUGGAUUUGAAGUAAGACCGCCACGCAUGCAAUACAUUAUGACUGGGGAUUCCCCUAUUCGUCGACGCUGAAUAUGAGGCGACGACAAUCACUGUCAAACGUGUUCACUAUUACUCUGACUCUGGUAACGUGACUUCCUGGUAACGUGUUAGGUAGGAAAAGCAGUAAAAAAGUGCAUAUUAAGGGAGCAGAUUUGAAAUAAUAUUUAUACUUAACAAGAAAUAAUUAAAGGUUCAAUGGGGAGACCUAAAGAUUUACGCAUAUGGGAGCACUACCGUACUUUACCAAACAAGUCUGUUUCUUGCAAGCUUUGUAAUAAGGUCUACAAAUUCAGUAAUGCUGCCAAAAUGCUUCAACAUCUUAUCACUUGUCCAAAAUCUCCAGAAACAUUAAAAGACUCUAUGAAACUUAUAAAAGAUAGCUCGUCCAAAACCAAAAUGUCUGGACUGUCAGAGAUAGAGACAAAUGAUUCUUUUAUAAGCCCCUCGUCGUCUGCUAACACUACAAUAAAUGCUGAGUUUCAAGACACCGAUGAUCAUAUAAAAACAGAAUUAGCGAGAGCUAUAUUUGUAACAGGGACGCCAUUAUCGAUGGUGCAACAUCCUUUAUGGAUACAAUUUUUCGAAAAAUUGCAACCAAAAUUUAAAAUACCUUCACGUAAAGCUUUAGCGACAAAAUACUUAGAUAAAAUAUAUAGAGAAAUGCGUUUUGAGUUAAAUGAGGAACUAAAUGCUUGUAGUUACUUACACCUUCAGUGCGAUGGCUGGUCUAAUUUAAGAAAUGAAGGAAUAAUAAACUUUCUUAUAUCAAAACCUCAACCUGCAUACGUUAAAAGUUUGAAUACAGAAAGUAAUCCUCACACUAGUGAAUACCUUAGCCAAGAAGUUGAAAAAGUAAUGAAAGUGUAUGGAGCAAAUAAGUUUCUUGUACUUAUUGGCGAUAACGCUAGAAAUAUACAAAAGGCAUUCGAAUUAACAAAACUCAAAUAUCCACAUGUUGUUCCUCUCGGUUGCUGUGCACAUAUCCUUAACUUGUUGUGCCAAGAUAUUGUAAAGAUACAAGAAGUAACUGUGUUUAUUAUGCAAGUCAUAAAUAUAAUAAAAACUGUUAAAAGGAGUCAACGAUUAAGUUCCUUGUUGAUAAAAUCAAGGCAGGGUGAAGAUUCUACACAAACACUAAAAUUGCCUUGUGCUACAAGAUGGGGAAGUCAUGUUACUUCGUUAAAAAGUUUGAAAGCAAAUAAGAUAGCUUUGCAAAUAUUAACAGUUAGAGAAGAUGUGGUAAUUUCAAGAGAUAUUAAAGAUUUAAUUCUAAGUGAUGAUUUCUGGACGAAGACAGGGGAAUGUAUAAGUAUUUUGGAACCAGUCACUGAAAGCAUAUUUUACUUAGAGAGCGACCAGAAUCGUUUGCAUCGCACAUACAUUACAUUUAGAGAUGUACAAGCUAAGAUACGUUUUGCAUUAAAUGAGAUUUCGACAUUGAGCGAAGAAAGCAAACAGCAGAUUCUAACAUCAGUAUCUUCAAGAUGCAAUAUGGCAAUGAGGCCAAUACAUUUUGCAGCAUAUAUUCUAGACCCCAGGACUCUAGGAGUCGAACUUACUCAAGAGGAAGAACUUAAGGGUAUGGAGUUUAUCUACAAUUUAAGCCAACACUUAAGUUUGUCAAAUGUAAUGGCAGAUUUGGCGUGUUAUAAAGCUAAAGAAAACUUUUGGGCCAGAGGAUUUGUAUGGAGCUCAUUAGAUAGCAUUGAGCCCCUAAUAUGGUGGAAAGGUAUUUGUGGUUCCACUGAGUUAAGCAAAGUAGCGAUUCGUAUUCUAUCAGCUCCCUGUACUUCGGCAGCCACUGAGCGUUCCUUUAGUAUCCAAGGCUACAUACAUAAUAACAAAAGAAAUCGACUUACAACUGAAAGAACUGAAAAAAUUUCAUUCAUUUGUUAUAACUGGAAUCUUAAACAUAAAGCUGAAUGCGAGGACAUUCAGUUUAAUGAAGAAAAUACCUUAGAAGCUUUCAUUGAGCAAGUAAAUGAACAUAACAGUUUAGACGAAAUAGAGCCUAUCGAACCUAUACAAUUCAUCGCUUGUAAUAACUCUGAAUCUGACAGUGAUUGACUGUAGUUUUACAUUUUACUUUCAUCUCUUUCUUAAUAAACUCAAAAUCAAAUUAAAAGUUUUUUAUUCUGUAGGCUGCAUAAUAAUAUUGUCUAUGUCCAGUAUAGUGGACGUCUUGCGGCUGAGAUGACGAUGAUGAAGUACAAAAUCAUAAACACCCAAAAAUUUGGGUGUUUAUGGGGUUUAAACCCAAUAAACCCAAAACACCCGGUUUUUACCCACCAGACUUUAAACCCACCCAGGUGGAUUGCCCAUC